AUGAACGAGGACAACGUCAACGACCUUGAGUUUUUGCGGCGGUUGGAUGCAUCAAAGCAGGAGGUCUCCGUCGACAAGAUGAUAUCGGACUCCUUGGACAAGAUCUACAACAUUAGGGGCGCCUUCUCAGAAUCGACGGGAACACAGCAUCCCCUCGAGCAUAUCUCCGACGAGACUGUCCUCCUUCAGAAACGCAAGCAGCUCGCUGACUAUCAGACGAGGCUGGACGAGCGCCGGAUUCUCUACACCGAGGAGAUAAAGGCGCUCGAGGACCGCGAGGCCAUUCUGGCCAGCCAACGUAAGGAGCUAGAAGUGGCCAAGCAGCGGUUCACAAAGUUUAUCCAGGAGAACAAUGAAAAGAAGGAGACUGCGCUACUCCGGAUGCACGAGGAGUAUAGCAAUGAGGAGCAGCUUCGCAUGCUGCAAGCAGAACUGCUACAUACACAGGAGGGAAUGGCUGCCCGCUUUCGCUGUCUGAAGCGUGAGCUGAGUAACAUGAGUGUCUAUGAGGACUUUCUCCAGAACGUGACCCAGGCCUCCGAGGAGUUCAUCUACGCUGACCAGAUCCUUCACAGAUAUGCCAACUUGAAAACCACCCAUGCAAAGCUAAUGGAGCAGGUAAGCGCCGAGCAGCUUAAUGCCGAGCAGCUACGCGAAAAAGCACGGGCUAUUGAAAAGAUGCAGGCAGCCAAGGUCUAUGCAAUCAACAGCGAGACUUCUAAUGUUAUCAAGGAACUCGAAAUAAAGGAGCGGGACACGACAGGCCUCAGUGCUAUGAUCGCGAAGCACAAGCUGACGAUUGACCGGACAAUGGCCAACAUAGGGGUCAUCAUACUUGGAAUAGACAACCUGUAUCUCCGCUGUCUUGCCACCUCGAAGAUAGGCAGAGAGUAUGAGAGCAAGCUGUCUAUCUUGGAUAAGUUGCAAAUCAUCUCGGAAAUUGUCGGUGACAUGGAGGCUCUGGUGGAAAAGGGGAAAGAGGACGGUUUAUUAUAG